AUGGAUAUGGAGAGCUGGGUCGAGCUCUGUAACAACAUAAGACUUUGAUCAAAACCUGUGAAGUCGCUGAGUACUUCAUUUCCUUAGUACCCAAGAACCUCAUUUAAGUAGAGCUAUUACACCCCUGUACUACCUUAUCUCUGAACUACCUUGAAGGAAAUAAUAAGCUGUUCAGUCUGGCAGAUCCAGUUAAAGUGCCAGCUGACUGACUGCCACUCCUAAAUGCCACAUACAACUGCAGGUUUCAUUUGCUGACCCUGGAUCUUAGAGCCACAGAAUGAGAAUGGGAAUAGGAGUGUGAAAAUGGCCCAUAUCAUUGCCACACAGAAAUCUGACUGGGUCUCUUUUAAUGAUGACCUAAUUUUGCAAGGUGCCACUGAGCAGAACCAAGGCAGCCAGCUCCCAAAGCAGUUUUCAGAUCCAGAGAAAUCUCUUUUGAGCCUACAGAGUUCUCCUGUAAAUGAGAUCAGGCCUACAGUUGCUGACAAUUUGGUGUCUGGCCAUUUAAGUAAACCUCAGGAUCAUCUGAACUUGGGUUUAUCUACUUGGGUUCAGUUUGAAGAACCACUUCCUCCUGUUGCCAAAGAAAAUGGAAAAACAGCAUCCUCUGUUGGAGCACCAGACCAGAAAUGCUUUGGUCAGGCCCCCUCAGGAAGGUCCUCUCUGACAUCACAGAGCAACUCAGAUGUCCGCUAUGAGGAUAUCAGCAUGGCCAGCAUUGGGCCACACAAAGAUCUCUCCUCUAUUCAAACAGACAAUGCUCCCAGUGAGGAUGCCUCUGGCACAGGCUCACCAGACAAUUCCUCUUCUUUUCAAGAGGAUGAGGACUUAGAUAUGGAAAACCUUGGCUGCUCCAUCAGUAGUUUCUCCAUAAACGGGCAUACAGACUCACCAACAAAGUCUACAUUUCGAAACUGGGUCACCUUUGAAGAUGAGGUUGUUUCACCUUCUCCAAAAGACUCCAACCAGAAACAACAGGAAAGUCCAAAAUCCUCCUUUAAAAAAAGGGAACGGCCUAAAAGUUCACUGGUUGAUUUCCAAAGAGCACAAAGACUUGAUUUUAAAUCACUACACAGACAACUCUCUUUAAAUUCCCCUCCUACAAAAACUCCUAAUCCAUUUCACGAUGAAACAUUGAAGAAUGUCCUACCCUCCCCAAUAAAUCCCUUCAGUUCUUAUUUUGAAAAGCAAGAAAAACUUUCUGAGUGCUCCUCUGUAUCCAGUGAUCAGGAACCAUGCCAAAGAAAUUUCACUUCUCUUCUCUCUGAAGAACUUGAUACUGAACAAUUUGAGGACUAUCGGAAAAAAACCUUGCAAGCUGAUGCUGUAGAGUGCCUCAAGCAGAUUCAACUGGAAGACCCAGAUUCUCCUGGUAGUCCAACUUUGCCGGAUGAUCCUCUAAAAGAUGUUGAUACUAUUGGUCCUUCUUUAAGCUUCACUAAACCUCAGCCAAAGGAUGGCUGGUCAAUGAUGCUGAGAAUACCAGAGAAGAAGAAUAUCAUGUCUUCCAGACAUUGGGGUCCCAUAUAUGUCAAGGUUACGGAAUCUGGUAUCCUGCAACUUUUCUAUGAAAAGGGUCUGGAGAAACCCUUCAGAGAAUAUAAACUUGAGCAGAAUCAUGAGAUAUCAGAACCCAAACUCCAGAAUUAUGAUGAGAAUGGGAGGAUUCACACAAUUAGGAUUGAUAAAGUUAUAUACAGAGAAAAACGGAAAUACCAACCUAUGCCUUUAGUUACUCACACAGGAGAAAAGGAGCAGGUAGUCAAACUAGGUACCACAGACUAUUCUGACUUCAUUAGUUUUAUUGCUAAUAUCCAAGACAUUUUGUUUAUGCUACCAGCCACAAUAGAUCUUAGCACUGUGCACCAAAAUUACACUGAAGAAGAUAUCACUGUGGAUGUAAGAGAUGAAUUCCACGGAAUACUGGGCAAGGGAGAUAACCAACUCAUUCUUCAUUCUGUAGUCACUCAUAUAUAUAUUCUUAGUUUCAUCUCAGGAAUUGCUGACUGUAGGAUGGGUCUUAAUGACAUCCUUAUUAAAGGGAAUGAAGUUGUUGCCAGAAAUGACAUCAUGCCAACGACAACAACCAAGUGGGUGCAACUUCAUGAAUGCAAAUUCCAUGCGUCUGUAGAUGAAAAAAUGUUUCAUAGCUCUAGGAUGGUAGUGUUCACUCCACUGGAUGCCUGCAAGUUUGAACUAAUGAGAUUCCGGACAUUAUUUUCUGAGAAGACUUUGCCUUUUACCCUCAGGACUGCAGUUUGUGUACGUGGAGCUGAAGUUCAGCUACAGAGUUGGUUGGUUAUGUCAACUGGUUUCUCUUCAAAUCGGGACAAUUUAUUGCAAGUGCCCUGUGAAAAUGUUACCAUUCGACACCCUGUCCCUGCUGAGUGGGUUAAUUAUUUCCGAAGGGACAGUAUGCUUGGCGAAAGGUCACUGAAGGCCAAAAUCAACAGGGAAGCAAGCUUUGGCUCUCCUGGCCUGUCUGGGUCAGAACCAGCCAUGAGAGUUACGCUAGGAACAGCAAAGUAUGAAAAUGCAUAUAAUGCUGUCGUAUGGAGGAUUAACAGGCUGCCUGAUAAAAACUCAGACUGGAAUCAACCCCACUGCUUCUAUUGCCACCUGGAACUGGGCUCAGACCGGGAGAUUCCCCUUAGUUUUGUUCCCUAUGUAGAGGUAGAAUUUGACAUGCCAGCAGCAUCAGCAUCAAAGGUGGCUGUACGCUCCUUAUCUGUGGAGGAGAAAACCAAUGUCAAGAAGUGGGUUAACUACUCAGCCCAUUACUUUUACAAGGUGGAAAUAGAGCAGAAAAAAACACUGAACCAGGACCUGGAAGGAGGCGAUGUGGAAAAGCCAAGUGAAUGUUCUGUCCAAUAAGAAUUGUUUUACUUGGCUCUAGGAGAGAGAGAAACAUAUGGGCAUGUGUGGCCUGCAGGGCCUAUGUACCGUAUGUGCAGGAACGUCUUCAUGCCAGAGCAAGGGGAAAAGGAACAUUUUUAUUCCUAAAAUAAGAUUUUCCUCCAGCAAGACCCAUAAUGGUAGGGGGAGGAAUAAGCACAUGAAGUGACGCCUCAGUCUCCCAUCUAUUAGAGUGCAGCUGUGUACAAAUUCUGUAUCUUAGGAUAGGAUUAUCAUGGUAGGACUAUUUGGGUGUCUAAUGAACCUUCAAAUGCUGGGUGUCCUUUUCUAGGUUCUCAUUGAUUUCUGAUGUUUUUUAAUCUCUGUGGUAUUUUUUAUAGUGUACUUGAAAAAGCUUCUUAGAGUUUUUAGGGUUUGCACUAAAGGGGAGAUUAAAUAUUAUUCUGACACUAGCCUUGGAGCUGGAUUCCUGUAUAAAUGUUUUUCUGCAGGGUUUUUUUGUGAUACCAAAAGUGAUUAUGCGACAAACCAAGAUAAUUGGUGUCUGGGUAGUAAGGGGGGUUAAACGCUUGCUAGUUGCCACCGAAUUCCAAACAUAGUUUUUCUUUUUUUUUGUAGGGAUGGGUUAUUUUUAAAUAUAAAUAAUGUAGAUUUGCACACCAUACAGAAAUUGAAGAAUGACUUGUAACAGCCGUCAUUUUUAUAGUGAAGUUCCUGCCAGUUAAGGACAAGCAUUUACUCUGUUUGAUGGGUAGUUCCUUAGUAUUUUAGAGUUUUCAAACUACGUCAUUAAUUCAUUAUUCACCCAUAAAUACUGAAGUGAGUUCAAAAGCAGUCUAUGUAUUAAGCACUGCUACACCGGGGAUUAUCAUGUGCUCCAUGCAUAUAAAAUUCUGUUUGAGCUAUUACUAGUUGUUUAUAAUGAGGGAGUUAAAACAGUGCAACAUUUAAUGAGGUAGGUUUUAUUUUCAUUUAUACUAAAUAACCUAUGGAGUGAUGAACUAUUUAUCAAAAUAAGUAAAAGGCUAUACAUUUUUUAGAUGCAGCAAAGAAAGAAAUCAUGUUUCUUAAAAGUGGACCAAAUAAUAUGGAAUAUACAAGCAUGCACAUUAUACUCAUUUUUAAUGCCAGUGGGUAGAUGCAGAAGAGUGAUGCCUCCAAGUAUUAAAGUUGGAACGCUUGUAAUUUUUUUUAUACAGACAAGGGAGAAAAUAUUUCCUUACUGAAUUUCCCCUGAAGUACUUCAGGGAACUUAGACAAAUUGGUGGGAAGUAGUUUAUCCUAUACACUUGCUAAAUGUAUCACAUAGUCCAGUAAAGUGUGAUGUAAGUGUACAGUACUAAACUACCAUCCAUCUACCAUUCUUGAUGUCAACUCCAAAGCAGGGCUCUUUAUGUCUCUGUAGCGAUGUCAACUUGGUCAGGUCUCAUUUGUGAUCACCUAAACAAAAGUCUGUAUAGUAUGCCAUGUUUUAUGCUUAAUUAGUACUGCUUGAUGCAUUCUGUAUGUUUCCUGUCCAAAAGAGCUAAAGGCGCAUUUGUAGUACAUAUAUAAAUAUGGUAUAUGACCAAGUUCAUCACAAAUGAUCCUUAACAUGACAACUGUAUGAUACCUGCAUGCUUUAAGGAUCUGUAUCUCAGAUUGCUGGACAAGGAGAGGUUUCUUAUCUGUCUGGUCAUCUUUAGACAUGAACUUAAAAUCCUGUUGCUUUUUCUCUUGCUUAGUCUACUCUACUCUGAUGAUAUUGCACUAUCCAUGUGGUUCUUUUUACACGUGAAAUGUUUCACUACCGAAUUUGGAAGGGCUUUUAAUAAGUAAUGUGCCUCAAUGUAAUGCCCAGCGGCAUAAAAGUAAUUAUGGAAGACCUCUUUUCAAGUUUUAGUUUUCAUCUCAUAAGAGGCUGAAGGCUUUACAAGUCUUGUACAAGUGUUUAGAGUGAAAACGCUGCAGCCAUACCCUCUCCUAUGUAAGCAGUAGAUUAGAAAUAAGACAAUAACAUUUUCUGUUAUGAAAACAGAUGAAACUUUUCUAGGCAGGGAAGCUUAGUUGGGCAACUAUCUAAUACACAGAAAUCAACUUACUAAAUUUGUGUUAUCAUAAUCUCAAUUCACUGCAUUAUAGUCCUGUGGACUUGGAGCCCAAAAAGGUGAAUUACAGAGAAUGAUUACUGCAAGGCACAAAGCUGAAACACAAAAAGGAUUUUGCUGUUUUGUUUUCUAUUCUGCUAGUCCUUAAAGGCACAUGUUACUACUGAUCGCUCUGCACUUUAUAUAUACACUGGCAACAUUGUUUCAUGUCCUGUUUUUUAAACAAUGUAAUUAUAGAGACAUUUGUACA